GGAAUACAUUUUGCCUUUUCCCGCACAAAAAAAGAUCACUCAUUUGCUUGUCAAUGAGUGUAGUACAAACGAGCCCUAAUCUCCAGACUGCAAUGAAUUUCACAGUAAUUUCAAAAAUUUGAAAAUCUACAUCCCAAUUCGCUACCAUGUCAGCGCCGACGACUGACGCCGGCGGCGGCACCAGCGAGGACCGCCGGCAAAUUCACAACAACAACAAUGCAGAGAACUCGGACGGCGGUACCACCAUGGCGAUGCAGAGGAAGCGAGCUCGAAGAGUCAGCUUUGCUGAGAUGACUUCUGUACACUUCUUCGACCGUGAUGAAGAGUACGAAACUCCUCCUAACCUCUCCGGCAAAGCUGAAAAUAACAGUGAAAGUGAAGAGGUGAACCUAGGUUUUGAUCAAUUGGUGGACGAUCCCAAAGAGUCCUGGUUGCUCAACGAGGAUAGAGAAGAUGGCGACGAAGGAAAUAAUGAGGAUGAAGACGAGGAUGGGGAUGAUGAGAUGCCUUUGCCUAGGUCGUUUUUAAGACCUGAAGAAUCACCUUCUCCUGGCAGCAAUUUCGGUUCUGCUACUUCAAAUGAUGAAGAUAAUUUUUUCGGUCCAGUAUCUCCCAAUUUUAUAAGGCCAGGCCGACUAUCAGAUUCAGCAGCGUCAGACGAAAAUCAUGAUAUUACUAUGGAUUCAACAGCUUUCUCCAUGCACUUCCGUAGAUUUGUUAGAUCAGAUUCAGGGAUAGACUUGAAGACCCCAACAGAAGUAUCAUUCGAAGAGAAAACACCGACACAGACCAGUCAGCGUAGUUCCAUGGAACUGACAAUAGCCAAUAAGCCAAUUUCUCAAUCUUGUAUGCCCGUUGCCAAUUUUAGUGGCGUUAGUGAUUCGAGUGACAUGAGUCUGAUUGGAGAAAACUCGCGAAGAUAUGAUUAUGGGAUACUCUCUCCUGAUUUAGAAGCUCUUUUAGCUGAAGGCCAAGAGAGAUUGCAUGCAGCUGUUUCAGGAGAUACCAGUGUUCCAAAGUCACCAACAAGCAAGGAAAUGGAGGUUGGAAGUACAAUGAUGGAUUUAAGUGGAAAUGGAGAACAACAAGCAAAUGCAAUUGGUAGUCUUAAAAUGCCACUUGAACCUUUGUGCCAGAAAGUUGACGCAGAUGAUGGCUAUAAGUUUCUUUCUCGUGUUGUUGAUGGUGAAUCAUCACUUAGAUCCACUGUUCCAGCCCCGGAUAAUAAUGACGAUAGAGUAAACCAGUCACUGAAGCAGUUAAGUAAUGAUUUUGGUGAAAAUAAUAUGUCUGUCAAGGAUGCUUCUGUGGUAGAAAACAGUGAAGCCCUAUGUAGUAACAAUGGUGAGCGUAGUGAAUUUUGUGGGCUUCCAUGCGAUAGGGUAUCUCCGGUGGUAGAUUCAGUGUCCUCUUCACCAGCUACACAAAGACUAAUAGUCAUGGGUAGUCCUUCACCUGUCAAACAGAAUUCAACGGCAGUGUCUUCCCCAAAAGAUCUCAUUUCCUUUUUGAGCAAUGAAAAGAGAGGACCUUGGACAAGUUCGGCAUCCCUCCAGAAGAGCAUUUCCAAACUGCCUUUCCUGGAAGAUCCCAUUUCCUUUUUGAGCAAUGGAAAGAGAGGACCUUGGACAAGUUCAGCAUCCCUCCAGAAGAGCAUUUCCAAACUUGAAAGGCUUAAGGCUUCUGCAUUCUCUUCUUUCGGUGGUGACAAAAUCCCCCACAUGGGCGUUAGAGCUUUAGAAUUUCCAAAAACACCUCCUUUGGAUUCUAUAUUGAAGAAAAGGAACCUGGAUAUGGGAGUGAAACGUCUGGAUGCCGCUAUGACUUGUUCAGAGGAGCAAAUUUCAGGUUCUACUAUGAAGGAGGGAGAAAGAAAAACAUUCACCCCAGGUGGUAGUUGGAGUAAGGCUCUUUCAAGUAGUGAAGAUGUAAUUCAAUGUGAACAAUCUUUUGGUCCAGAAAAGCCCGAGAAAUCUCUCAAUCAACUCGAAGCUGGUAUUCUCCCCAUGGAUCAACUGUUGAAGCCUGCAGACCCCUCGUCUUCAUCAAGGUUUUCUUUGUCAGGGAAGAAAAAUGACAUGGUUACACCAAAUGACCUCAGACAGAAGAUAUCACUGAUUUCUAGAACUGAUUCCCCAUUGGUUGAUUAUUCAGGGCGAGAGGAAGUGAUUGCCAUUGCUCAAAAAUUGGUAUUUACUCCAGAAAAGUCCUUGGAUUCAAAGUGUACUGAACAUCAGUCUAGCCCUUUUAAAGAAUCAAAGUUGGAUGAUGAACAUCUGAAAAGCUUUGGCCCGGUAAAAAAAGCAUCUUCAAUUAGUAAUGUGACAGAUGGACCAUCUGUGACUGCAACGGCUGGCAACUGGUAUUCUGCAUCCACAUUAACCGAAGAACAGUCUGGUUCACCAGUUGUCGAAGGAAGCAAAGUGUUAAGGCAACCAGAAAGGACACAUAGCAUAGAAGCUAAGCUCCCUGAGCAAACUAAUGAACUGGGAAACAAUGAGGUUUUGAGAAUCUCUAGGGAUGGAAGCUCUCAUCUAUCGUCAGCAAUAUUAGAUGGGAAUAUUCAGUGUGCAACAGGUUUCCCUGAACUUGAAAUUGAUCCUCGAGAGAAAAAUAAGUCUUCUUCUGCUUGCGCUGCUUCUUCCUCUAUUCAGAAUCUAGAUUCUUUGGUAGUUGAAAAGACUCCUGUAAAAUGGUCUUCACAAAGUCCAUCAGCAAAGGGGCAUCACUCACUGGCACAAUCCAACUCUAUAUGUUUCUCUAUAGAUAAAGUGAUGCAAUCUCCAAGAUCCAAUCAAUCUAUUGGCAGACCUAGAAACUCUUCUGCCCAUAAAAGAAGCAGUGAAGAAUUGACAUUUGGAGAUAUGGAACACACAAAUGAGAUUAUCAUGUCUCAUAGGAGCCCAAAACUCCAGAGAGGGGUUGGUAAUUAUCCAGGAACUUCGGGAAAUCCUGAUGAUAGUGGAAAAGAAAUGCACAGAGCUCAUGAUGAACUCAGACAGUGGAAAGAUAUUAAUUCCAAAUUUAUGGAUGAUGCAGAUGAGUGGAUAUCUUUGCCUAAAGAAAGGCUUACUAUGCCCGCGAUUGAAAUGGUGGAAGACAUCGUCACCCGGAUGCAGAAGGCAAAGACAUACGAUAUUUUGCACAGUCAAAUUCUCACUCAGAAAGCGUCAGUUUCCAAUUUUCAGGAGAAAAGAGCUGUUGAAGCAAUAAUGUUAUUAUGUCAGCUUGUACAUGAGAAAGCAAAGUUCCACUUGAGGCGUGUGAAGAAGGAGAAACUGCUGGAAAAAUGUCAACUCUUGAAUUCUGCAAUUCAGAAGUCUCAAAUGUCAAAGAUCAAUCAUUCACUUCAUAAUUCUGUAACUGUCUCAAGAGGCAUCCAGGGUGAUAUUAUUUCUAGUGAGAGGUCAUCAGCCUAUGAAAAGGCUCCGCAGGAGGUGCCACAUAAUAAAGGGACCACUAUCAAGGAGGCUUUAAAAAUUUCAGAAAGAAAAGUUGCAACUCUGACUAGAUCCUUGCAUUCUUCCUUGAAACUUAAGGGAGAACCAAAAUGUGCCGAUACUAUCAUUUCUGUUAAGGAACAUCUAAUGAGGAGAUCGUGUUGUAGAUUCCUACAUCAAGAUAUGCAGAUGUUUGUCAUUCAGAAUGUGAGGAAAGGGAAUGGACAUUACGAUAUCAUCCUCAACUAUCUUGAUUUACUGGUUCAAAGUUUGAAGGUGACUGUUGGUCCAAAUCCAAGCAUCAUCAUCUCUAACAAUUUGAAUGAUCUACUAAUCACAAAGAAUUUCCCAAAUAUCAAUGCUUGUGCUGCAUUAAGAUUUGUGUUAAAGGCUGAGAUCUCAAAGAAAUUUGGUGCUAGGACUCCCGCACAAGAAACGCAGGUUACCAGUUCUCUUUUAGGCAACUCGCUUGAUGUGGUCACCGAGGUGCAAAAGGCACAAACACAGUUCCGGAACUUGGCUGAUAUUACCUUUUCCACUCCAACUGUUGAGAAACUUGAGUUGCAGCUUCAUUUUAUGAGUUUUACUACUGGCAAGAAGGUGAAACUGACACUAGACGUGUCAUGCUUGAAUAGAGGAGUCUAUCCUUCAGAAGUUGUUCCAUCUCAGUUUGCAGCUCUAGCUGUUCCGGCAAAACAUUCAGAUGAUCCUCUACUUGGUGAAAUUAGAGAUGCUGUCAAAAGCCUUAGAGCUGGAUACAUGAGGAUUAUGCGGUUAUGUGGUUGUAUUUCACAGGUGGUUCAAGCCUAGAGCGGAUAACUUCAGCAGAAAGGAAAAAUUAAACAACUUGGACGAAUGGACUCUUGUUGGGGCUGCCACUGCAUGGAAGGCAAACAAACUUACCCUUGCGUUCUGCUAUUGUUGUCAAAUUGCACUUGUUCGACAUUCUCACAGGCCCUCUACUGUGUUAACAACAACGCAUCAUAUGUUGAAUGAUGAUGGUGGUAUAUAGGGUGAGAGUAUAGCUGCACGUAUUACUUGUUUCCUUUGAUGCUGAAGUAUUGUCCUCGGGGCAUUCUCCCAGGUCUGUUUGUUCUUUCCUUAUUUUGAAGUAAUUCAAGUUGUUAGGCUAGGUGCAUUUUGCUCAUGCACAUGUGUCCCUAAAGAAAGGGUGAAAACUGACAAGGAACACUAUAGUUUGCCUACUUUAGCUGUAUGGUUUCCAUAUUCUUACCAGCUAUGGGCGUUUUGUGUCUACGUCUUGAUGCAAAUGAAUCUAAAAAGUGUCGUAAAUAUUUGGAAAUGUGAUUUUGGCCAGGGAUGGUUAGAAUUAAUUAUCCAUGAUUCCAUUUACUUUU